GCGCCACAUAAUUCAUACUGCAGCAGCAUCAGAGAAACGUUCCAAUCAUCGUCCACAUCAUGGCGGCGGCGGCAGCAGGUAACAACGGCGGCAACAAGAGCUUCCAACUGAAAGUGGUGGCGAUGGCGACCACCAGCAACGGCGCCGCCGUCACUCGCGAGGAGGAACGCGUGUUCACCCUCCCUCACGAGCCGAUGCUGAACGAGGACACCGCGCUGCCUUUUGUCCGCAAGGUGGUGGAGUCCUUCCUCCCCAUGAAGAUCCCCAUGGAUCGUGACGUCAUUGUGGAGAAGAUCGUCUACUCCGCCAUCCGUCUCUAUGUCGCUACUGCUGAUGAACAAGCACCGGCGCCGGCGGGAGGGGACGGGAGUGGAACUAAUAAUAACAAGUCUGCGGCGGCUGGUGGUUCGGUGGCUGGCGAUGCGACGUCGUCGAAGUGGGUGUACUCCAAGGAUGGCCUGCCGCUGACCACGGUGAAGAUCUGCGUUGACCAUGAUGGCUUCGUCACAGUUAUUGGAGACUUCGAAUCCGACGAUGACAGUGAUGACAGUGAUGAUUCUGAUGAGGAGGAUGAGGUUGUUGAGGCCAUGGAGGAGUAAAUGUCGAUCGUCGACUCUAGUGGCGACUGUUGCCGUAGCAAUGGCUACGUGGUGAUGCGCUAUAUUAUUAUUAUUAUUAUUAUUAUUAUUAUUAUUAUUAUUAUUAUUAUUAUUAUUAUUAUUAUUAUUAUUAUUAUUAUUAUUAUUAUUAUUACCUAUAGUACUAUGUAUGUUUGUGUUCAAUAAUCCAGUUUUUUCAUG